GUCUCGAAACGUUUUUCACGUAGUAUCAGCCUUGCAGUCUAUUGCUUGUCUUAAUUCAUUUUCAACAACCGUUUCAGCUCGUUCCCAUUCCACCCUCGAGACGACGGUUCGAGACAAGAAAUACGACCCUGGGAACGAGGUUGAGGAAGAACGGGAUAAGGGAUAAUGCUAUUUUCCAACGAGGCCUGAACUGCGGCUGUGUUUGUUAAAAUCACGGGUUUUUAGGACUUCCUUUCCAGUAAGAGAAUUCUCUUGUUUCCAGCCCAUUGCCUCUGGUGGUUUAAAGUUGAAAAAUUGGUUUAGGAGUUCCUUUCCCUUCCUCAACAAAAGGGAGUUGUAACAAUGGCCGCAAACUAUCAUCCCGAUAACCCUUUUGACUCUUUUGAUUCUGAGAGUCCGUUCUCCGAUCCGUCGGUGCUUUCAGUUACAAGAAAUGCAGCCCCUGCAGUUAAAGAAUUCAAUCCGUUUGAGGAUCCAAACAGUUCACAGCUCAGGACAGCACCUGCUGUCCCCACCCCUCCCCCCUCACAGCCAGCUGUGCUUCAAACUGACAAGGAACACACAACUAGCGUGGUUGAAGAGGGACGAGAAAAUUUGACAAGUCGGCAGGAGGAUUUAGAAAGCAAAGUUGCUGAGUUACAACGAAGAGAACAAGAAUUGCACAGAAUGCAGUUUGGAGGCUAUAGAGAAAACAACUUCCCUCCUCUGCCAGCCAAAUGUCCCUGCAAGCCAUGCUUUUUCAAUGAUGUCAGUAUUGAUAUUCCCAUUGAGUAUCAGAAGACAUGUAGGGCAUUAUUUAUCAGGUGGCAAGUGUACUCUUUUCAAAUGGUUUUCAACUUCCUCACUGCCCUUGCAUUACUCGUCGACCACGAUGAACCUGUACAUGAAGGCCGAACCUUUGGACUUUCAAUAGNAGAUUUGUACUCUUUUCAAAUGAUUUUCAACUUCCUCACUGCCCUUGCAUUACUCGUUGACCACGAUGAACCUGUACAUGAAGGCCGAACCUUUGGACUUUCAAUAGCGUACAUGGUAUUGAACAUACCUGCCUCAUUUCUUGGUUGGUAUCGCACUGCCUAUAAUGCUCUAAAGAGCGAUGGCUCCUUUUGUUUUGUUGUGUUCCUGAUCAUCUACUUUUGGCAGAUAUUAUUCAAUUUCUUUUAUGCUCUUGGUGUGACUGGCUUGGGAGCCUGUGGUUUUAUUAAUGGGACAGAAGCAUUUCACCGCAGCAUUCCAGUGGGUUCGAUGAUGUUUGCAUCAGGGACAAUGUUCCUAGUUGGUGCCAUUGUGGAUACUGUGCUUCUUGUUAAGCUACAUAGGAUCUAUCGCAUGGCUGGUGCAAGUUUUGAGAAAGCACAGGAAGAGUUUGCAAGUGGGGUCGCCUUCAAUCCACACGUGAGGGGUGCUGCUGCAGAUGCAGUGGCCAGCGGAAUACACCAAACCAUCGAAAGGCAGUAAGCUAUGGACCAACUACACACAAAGGAACUGACCACACUCUGUAAAAUCCAAGUUGCAAAUGGCCAAUUUCCUUUGUGAUAUGUGCCUGCAGGGAAUCAUGGAUAUUUGUUUUCCUGAACUACCAGUUCAAGAUGAUGAAUACAACUACCAUGAUUCCCUGCAGGCGCAUUGCAUAGAGGGAAUUGUCCAUUAACUUUGCGAGUUUGUAGCGGGAAGGUUUUUCGACCAGAAUUUAACUCAAAGCACAGACGCCUUCAGAACUUCAAACAGUAUGUUAGUGAGGUGUUCUACUUGUCAGUGCGCGGUCGUUUCCUUGAAAAACGGGAUCUUUUUUCAACUGUUAUUGAAAAGAAGGUGUAAGGAAGUAAUUGAGAUUAACUUAAACUGCCAUAAAAUUGAAGCCGUGUAGCAAACGAAACAAGUCAUUGCAGUUUUCAAUGGAGUGUCGAAAAACCUAAACCAAAUUGAUCACUCGGGACGACAAUUCACUGAACCAACCAAAACACGAAGCAAAAGAGAGCUUGAGCAAAACCCCGACGGCAACGAGGUCAUCAAACGAAAUGUUUAAUGAGCAGAACAAUGGCUGUGCACGUGCGUUAUAAACUUUUGUACAUUUCUUUGCCGUCCUCUGCACAACAACAACGUGAAAUGACGAAGUUCUGCGUGUUUUGGAGAAGCGAACGAUGAAGGCUAAUUUUUCGUAUUUUCAGUUGGAAUUGAACGGUGGUGUCACAUGUUUAACUUUAGCAAGUUUUGAGACCAAUAGGCGCACCGAUCAGAUCUAGGCAAUUGUGAAAUUCGAAGGAAAAAUAUAAAAAUAAUUCAUUUUUUUUACUAUAGCGUUUUCCUCGGGGUCGCUGUUGUCAUUGCUUCAGCUCUCUUUAGACUUGUAGCCGGCGCGAAGCGAGGGGAAACUUUGUGAACGCGAUUCAUGAUUGGUUUUGGUUUUCUGUGAUUGGCGCCCGUUUAUAGACUAAUCCCUUAUAAAACGGAGCACUACCGUGUUAUUGCGAACGCUUUGGUAGAGAAAAAGACCAAGAAAAGAAGCAGUAAGACAUUAAAUUGUUAGAGCUAUUUCUCAGGUAGCUUAUUAUAAAAUCAGACCUCUUUGUAGUUAGAUCAUAUGUUGGUAACGGAGGUCUCUUGACGUAACUUCUUUAUGUAUUGGAUUGUUAAACGAACUGCAACAGGCGUUAAAGUGAAGUGCUUUAUUUUUAUUGCUAUUAGAGCGGUUUUCAAUUGAGUGUCAACAGUAAUCAUGCAAUUACUUUGGACUUGGUGUUCGUUUUGGUACGGUUUGAGAUGGGUCUGAGUAGUCUUAUUGGUAAGUAAUUUGUUUGGUUCUGGUUCUAUGCCAGAAACAAGUCAGUUCAGCAAUUUCCCACUUGAAAAAUGUAUCCGUAUCACCAAAAGCGCUAGUGAAGGAAUUAUCCAAAAUGGCGGAUCCUGGUAACGUCGACUUGCCUGAAUCUUCUUCCGCAACUCUUACUACUGCAAGAAAAGUUUGAAAAUUGUAGCCUACGUGAUUCUAAAUCGGUGUAUUUUAAAAACAAAAAUAAGUGAUAUUUAGAGGGUUUUUUGAGAUUUUUCGAAGAAUAAAAUUGUGAUACAGUCG